UACCCCUUCGUUUCCGUUACGGCUUCUCGUCUCCUCUCCCCUUUUCACGCCAUGGCCGAGCGAUCUCCCGGCCGCCGGAAUGGACGCGGCGGCGGCGGCAGCUGCGGCGGGAGGAGGUGGUAACGCCGCCGCGCGGAGCAGCCCCGCCGCGAAAUCCUCCACCAUCUCCUCUUCCCGCAGCGCUAAUCUUCUUCUCCCCUUUCACGUCGUUACCGAGGCACCGAGCGAUCGACCCGGCCGAAAUGGCGGCGGGAGGAGGAGGUGGUGGUAGCGCCGCCGCGCGGCCAGCACUCGGAAAUCACAUAAGAGGGAGCAUUCCAGAGGAGUUGGGAAACUUAAGAAGUUUAGAGGUGCUUGAUCUCUCCAGGAAUGAUCUGUCAGGCCCAAUUCCACAGUGCUUCCUGUCAUUGUCUGGUUUGAGCCAUCUGAAUUUAUCAUACAAUGACCUUUCAGGAGCUAUACCAUUUGGAAAUGAACUUGCAACUUUUGCAGAAAGCACAUACUUUGGUAAUGCACAUACAACUGUCAAGAAGCUGUUUGUACCACAAAAGGAAGCAUCAACUAAACUUUGACACGGGAACAUACUUAAGUGCACUGCUUGGGUUUGCAUUUGGAUUCUGUAUUAUGUUCGUCAUCCUGAUACCCUACAUGGUUGCAUGAAAGACUCUUAUGAUAGCCUAUGCUUUGGAUUGGCUAUUAUGAUAUAUGAAGAUUUUGUUUUAUAGUUAGUUGAGCAUUGUAAUGAUUUUAUCCGAACAUAUUUGACAGGUGGGUUAAGCGGUGUAAUGCACUAAGGCUUAGCUCUUUUCAAAUUAUUACUCCAUCCGUUUCAAAAUGUAUGGCACCAUUGACUUGUCGCAUAACGUUUGACCAUUUAUCUUAUUAUCAAAAAUAUAUAAA